UACUGUUGUGCAGUUAGACUGCUGUUGCUGCUCUUGCACGCUCUCUCCCUCUCUCGCUUUUUCUCUCUCUCUUUUCCCUCCUCUCUUGUUUUUACUGUCUUGCACUGCUGAGGCGCUUGGCUCUCGCACGCACACAGAGAGGCACGCGCAGGGGCUCGCUCACAUUAACCAUUAAACACAUCUACAUGCAGUGGAGCAGCAAGAAAACAGACACGUUAGGUUAGGAUACGCUCUCUCUCCCUUUCGCUAUCUAUCUAUCUCUCUCUUGCCUUCUCUCCCUCUCUCUCUCUCUCUCUCUCUCUCUCUUUUUCUAAGAAUGGUCCAGCUGGUGCCUGGGGCCCUGCUGUCGUGGCCUGCUGCCUGCAUCUGAUCACGAUCUCUCUCUCUCUCUCUCUCUCUCUCUCUCUCUCUCUCUCUCUCUCUCUCUCUCUCUCUCUCUCUCUCUCUCUCUCUCUCUCUCUCUCUCUCUCUUUCUCUCUCUCUCUCUCUCUUUCUCUUUCUCUCUCUCUGUCUCUCUGUCUCUCUCUCUCUUUUACACACACGCAUGCACACACACACACACAGCCGGCUCACAGGGAAGCACAAUGUGACAGGUGGGUACUGAAGGUAGUGCCCUCUCUUGCUGCAGCUUGGACCCGCUUGUAGUGCCAGUCCCUGCUUUUUUGCAAGCUUGCUACUCAAACCAGUCCUGGACCUUCAGCUGUGUGACCUCUGACCCUUUAUCCUGCAAACCCCUGCCACCUCUGCUGACCCCUGACCUACCACGUGCACCACCUUCUACACAGCUGCAGUACCCCAGGAGCUGCCAAGUGCCAGUGGGAGUUCUUGGAGUUGGAACGUUUUCACAGUUGGAGAUUUCUUUGUGCGUGUGUGUGUAAAAAAAAAAAAAAAAAAAAAAAAAAAAAAAAAAACAGCCAGAAGCAAAAAAAAAAGGUUUUAUUUUCUUUUUUGCUGCCUGGGAAUUGUCUGCGAUUCGGUGUCACGCCCUUGACCCCCACACACUCCUCGCUGUGGAAUAGGCUUCAUGUUGAUUGUUUGAAAAAGAGAAGCAAAGAGAAACUUCCCGUUAAAAGGCCGUGCAGCAGAUCUCUUCCUGACCUUGACCACACACACAUACACACAAGUUUUCGCUCGCCAUGGCAAUGAACAUGGCACACAUUCGCGACCCAAAAUGGCUGACGCUGGAGGUGUGUCGUGAGUUCCAGAGAGGCACGUGCUCACGCUCAGACGCUGAGUGCAAAUUCGCCCAUCCAGCCAAGAGCUGCCAGGUGGAGAACGGCCGAGUAAUCGCCUGCUUCGACUCGCUCAAGGGACGCUGUUCCAGAGAGAACUGUAAGUACCUGCAUCCGCCUCCACACCUGAAGACGCAGUUGGAGAUAAAUGGCCGCAAUAACCUGAUCCAGCAGAAGAACAUGGCCAUGCUCGCUCAGCAGAUGCAGAUCGCCAGCGCCAUCAUGCCUGGCAGCCAGCUUCAGCCAAUGCCUUUUAUCUCCGUUACGCCAAACUUAGCCACCAACGCCAGUGCGGCAGCGGCAGCAGCUGCGGCAGCGGCGGCUUCGUUUAACCCCUACCUAAGUCCUGUAUCACCAGCACUAGUGCCCACUGCUGCUGACAUCCUGCCCAGUGCACAAGUCCUGAUCGGUGGAAAUCCUGCUGCUGUGGGACCUGUAAACUCCACAGCCAACGCAGCUGCACAGAAACUACUGCGCACCGACCGCCUGGAGGUGUGUCGCGAGUACCAGCGCGGUAAUUGUUCUCGCGGUGAAACAGACUGCAGAUUUGCUCACCCGGCCGACAGCACCAUGAUAGACUCCAGCGAGAACACCGUCACCGUGUGUAUGGACUACAUCAAGGGCCGCUGUUCACGGGACAAAUGCAAAUAUUUCCAUCCUCCCGCACACCUGCAGGCCAAGAUCAAAGCCGCACAGCACCAGGUGAACCAGGCCACAGCCACCGCGGCUAUGACGGCUGUCAAAUCACUGAAGCGACCCCUCGAGGCCACCUUUGACCUGCAGGGCCUUCCUCAUAGUGUAAUUCCUCCUUUGCCAAAGAGACCAGCCCUUGAGAAAACCAACGGUGCCACCGCCAUGUUUAAUGCCAGCAUGCUGCAGUACCAACAAGCGCUGGCCAACAUGCAGUUUCAUCAGCAGUUUAUUCCUUCAGGCUCAAUAUUGUGCAUGACUCCUGCAGCAAGUGUGGUACCCAUGAUGCACGGCGCUUCACCGGCCGCUGUGUCCGCAGCAACCACAUCCGCCACUACUGUUCCCUUCGCAUCCGCAUCAGCCAAUCAGGACUCUUCUCUAUCAAAGCUGACUACCAACGAAUACAUGCAAUUGAUUCCAAUAAUAUCUGCAGAACAUCUGACUAGCCACAAGUAUCUGACUCAGAUGUAGUCAGAGACCAAACCAAUAAAAUGAAUCUUCUCAUCUGUUACCUGGGACAGACACAAACAAUUUGAUGGCAACAAAUAUUCACAUUUCAUUCGCAUCCUUAGAUUCAGAUCCUUCGGGGGAAUCAUUAGUACUGGUAAUAUGUAAAGACAUCCCAAUAUGCAGUGCCCUUAGAGGUGGUGUGCAGGACUUAAUAGAAAUUAAUGUACAUAUGAUCAUAAGUUCAUACACUUAGAAACAUUUAGCUAGAAACAGUCUGUUAGUACCAAGUCUAACAAUGUACAGGUUUAGAUAUGAUACCAACAGACGCUAUAACAGUAGACUAAAGUUUUUUCCUGAAUUAAAUCCCUUAGGUAUUUAAGUGACGUUAUUUGAAAGUAACACUUUACUGAAGGUUCAAAUUGUAGAGCUGGUGGUUUUUCAUACACACACACACACACACACACACACACACACACACACACACACACACACACACACACACACACACACAUUGCCAAAAUAUAGAUAUUUAACACCAUAGCACUGAAAUUUCAUCCCAGACUGAAAUAUUACAGAGAUCAUACUAUCAUAGCUUUAGUAAUAAAUUCUAAGGUCAUUAUUUUUUCUUUAUAGUUAUUAAAGUGGUUUAAGACCACUCUAAAUUCUGUGCUCGGGUAUGAUGGGAACAUACAAAAGUGUAGAAGUGUUUAUUCAUAUGGAACAGAGAGAAGCAGGUGUGUGUUGCGUGCCUGCUAAGGCAGAUACAGUUCACCUUCCAGUCUUAAUGAGUGUACCGUCGUUAGCCAUGUUAGUUCGGACACGCCCACGUUGGCGAAUUGUAACACGUCAUGCCAUAUUCAGUGCUUAUAUGCCAAUGCCUUGUUCAUUUAUAUUGAACAAUGAAUAAUUAGCAUUGGUUUUAUUAGUUCGAACGUCGAGUUUGAGAAUGUUUUCCUGAGUUGAACGUGACAUCAGGUGAAGCGUUGCUGAUUUGACACGGGUGGUUUACAAAUAAAAUGUGAAAAUGCACCUUAAAUUUAAAGAUAAUUACAAUUCCUCAUGGCACAAAACAUCCAGCAAAACGCAAGUGUUCUUUUUGCUGCGUGAAAAGUGCAGACUUGCAGGGGAAGGAUCAGGAUUAAAGAAGACUAUUGAAUGUUUAUAUGUAAAACCAGAAUCCUUCAGACCUUUUAAAGCACAUCUUAGCUUUAAAUCAAGCUUCACAAGAUACACAAUAGGCUACAAAAAGAAAGUGUUAUAUCAACAGUGUUAUUCUGUUUACCAGAGAUUGUUUUUAUACAUUAGUUCAUGUCUAUUUUUUUUUUCCUCUCUGAAUGAAUUUUUAUCGUUAUUUGUCUGUAAUGCUUUCGAUGGCGUUUCCAUUCAGGCCUUUUCGACUUGCAUGAAAACAGGGUUGCCUUUUCCUUCCUGUUGCCAUAUCUAGAGAUUUUUUAUUGCCUUGAAUGACUGAGUGGCUUUUUAUUGAUGAAAUGGAAAACGCAGAUCGUUGAUUAACGCAUGUCUUUACAUUGUCAAAGUAACUCAGACUCCUCAGUCUUAGAGCAUGACGUAAAGAGACCGUUUCCAGCGGAGCCUUAAAUCACAGCACUGCUCCAACUUGAUGGUCAGAUUAGUUUGGAUUAGUUUUGUAUAUGGGAAUACCAGAUAUGUAUUUGGUUCAGGUUUUCUUUUGUAUGGAUUUGGUGCCAUUUGUGUUGUAUGUUUAUGAUUCCUUAUUUCAAACAGCUUUUAGCUUAUGUACAGCAAAAAACAAAAAAAAAGAGAGAUGAUAAUGUUGAACGUUCUGUUAAGUCGUGCCAAAGUUCUUUUUCUCCUUUCUCGUUUUCGUGGUUUUCAUGAUCUAUAGUAAUCCUAAUGAAUGGUGAACGGUCGUGGGAUGAUCAAGGCCAAACCUACAGUAGUUACGAGAAAGCUUCAUAUUUUCUCGUGUAAUUUCCGAGCACAGAAGCGAGACUGCAUAGUGAGACUGAAGUUCAGAAACGUUAGACUCCCAGUUGGUGUUAGAUCUAGAUCAGUGGAGCCUAUAUGUCUUAAGUCUAUUUUUGGUGUACAGAGAGAUCUAUCAUUCAGGGUUGGGGUCAAUUCAAUUUACAAGGUUAAUGAGAUGAUUCCUGAAAGAUAUUUCAAAUGGAUUAGUAAAUGGUGUAAAGUGCAUUUCAGCACUUGGAAUGUGUGCUAAUCCGAUGAACCCAGAUGGGAUUGAGCUCAACCCUGGCGCUGUUGCUGUUUCUUCACUGAGGCCUUAGAGUUCAGUUAGUGUUUUCACUCAGAUGUUUCAUCAGUCAUUCUUAUUGUUUUAUGCAUAUUUUAUAUUUUUAUCAAUCAUUUUAACACAUACUACUCAGUUCUUUACUUCACCAGCUUAGAUAAAAAAAACAACAACAUAUUGCUACAUGCUGCAUGUAUACUUUGUGGAAUUUACUUAUUUUGUAUUUGGUAAUAUUUGGUUUUUGAAUUGUUUUCUUGUUUUCUGGAAUUGUAAAAGCAUUCUGUUGCCUGUUUCGCGUACUCCCUCGCUCCCUCCCUCCCUCCAUCUCUGUCAUUUUAAUGAAUUCGUUUUUUAGAUUUUCGUGAUUUUAGAUUUUGUUGUACAUUUUUUUUGGAAGAUUUAUGUUGGUUGUUUUGAUGUUUCUUUUUUUUUUUUUUUUUUUUUUUGCUUUGUUUAUUAUUUGAUAUCGUUUGUCUUUUGUUUUGAUAUCGAUUUCGAAAUGAACCAGUAUGACAUUUCUUAAUUUAACAAAUUUAAUUUGUACUUAACAAAUCGAGAACUUUUUAGUUUACUUAUGGAGCAUAUGUGGAAAGUAACAAAUUAUUUUCUAUUGUAUCCAUGUUAAAAUUGUAUUUUGAUAUUUUAAAAAAAAAAAAAAAAACAUCCCUGAAUAUCAGGCCAAAAAAAAAAAAAAAAGCUAUAAUAUUGACUAUUUAGAUGACGAUGCUGAUGGUGAUGGUGAUGAUAAGAGGAUACGUGGUUGGGACUUUGGCUGCAAGUGAGAGAGCCAUGACCCGAGAGACAAAGGUCGAAUUUUGCACUUGUGUAUAUAGUCCAUAUAAAACAAGGAAAAGAAAACCUGUAUAAUAUGGAGAUCUUAUUUUGAAUAAUAAAAGAUUCUAUGAGAAAUUUUGUUAGGAUAAUUUAAGGAUUAUAGAGUAAUAGACCAGCUAAAUGAAUUUGCUUGCAGAAGUGGCUCAGCUCCUUUUAUUAUUACUUCAAAUCAUGGCUUGAAAAAAUAAAAAAUAAAAAUGAAAAAGCUAAGCAUCGCUCCGCCUUAAUCAUGUGCGCUGCCUGUCAUUCAAACCUCAGUGCUGAAGUUUUGGCACGUUUUUUCAUCUCGUGUGUGACAUGCGGUAAAAGCAGUUUUUCUAUGAGAAAUGUACCAAAGUGGAGCAUAAUGAGGACCGUAAAUCCAUUACAAAAACUGAAGAUUUAUAUUUAACAUCUCUGAUCGAUGACGUAUUAAUCAGACUGUCUGAAAGGACACUUUGUUCAGUUUCUGAUAGAAAGACUCCAGGGUGUCUUGCAGUAUUUUUUUUUGCCUGUAAGACAUGAGAACUGUCUCCAAAAUGUCACACACCCUUAUUAGGAAAGCUCAAUUUUUUUAUUUAUUUUAUUUUUUUUUUUUUACCUUGGGCCUGAAUGUUGUUAACUGCAUGUAGAGAUUUAAAAUGAUAAAAUCCACUUUUUAGAUAAGUAGGUAUGUCACUAAGUUCUCACAAUACCGCUGUUCCCAUUAGAAAAUAUCAUUAAAAAAGAGUGAUAAAUCUCAGCAUACGUUAAGUGACACAUGUUUACUCAAAUCUAUAAGGAUCAGUGUGGUUAACACAGUAAAUUAACAAGUUCAAAAUGAUCAUACAUGCUAGCGUAAGCCUUACACACCACAUGACACGCGCACACACAUACACACACACAAACACAGUGUGUGUGUGUGUGUGUGUAAUAAGGCAACUGUGCCUUCAGCAGGAAAAGGUCACCCACCAAAAACAAAAGAAACACAAUGAAUGUAAAACUUCUGAUCUCCGUUUUGAGGUUUUGACUCACUUACCGCUGCUGCACAAGUGCUAAUAAACCAAAGCAUCACUUCUCUAAGAACAGACACAAGGCUCAGCUGUGCUCUGUGUCUGCCACAGUGAAACCGUCGGUGGUCCCUACCUGCUGAAAGCACCUGCUUUAAUGAAUGCUUCACAAUCACCAUGUAAUCUCACGCCCACUCUUUGCUUACACUCGCUAAGACCUUGUACUAUGUUUAAAAAAAAAGAAAUGUUUUAUGCACAUUUAUUAUUGUUUUAUUUGACUUUCUUGCUGUUAUGAAUGAAAAAAAAAUUAAAUAAAAACCAAAAUGGAUUUCAACUGAAAAA